UUGCGCAGGACUCCGCAGAGGCUGCGGCGGAGGCGAGCCGCCUGUCCGACCAGCGCCAGUCAGCCCCUCGCGAUGGAGACGAACGGGACGCGGUGCGGAGCGCAGAUCCUGAGCUACGGCCGGGUGGAGAAAGUUCUGAUCGGCGGAGUUCUCACCGUGCUCACGCUCUCCACGAUCUGCGGGAACUUGCUCGUGGUCAUCUCCGUGUGUUUCGUCAAGAAGCUGCGCCAGCCGUCCAACUACCUGAUCGUUUCGCUGGCGGUGGCGGACCUCUCCGUGGCCCUGGCCGUCAUGCCUUUCGUCAGCAUCACGGACCUGAUCGGCGGUCGGUGGGUUUUCGGUCAGUUUUUCUGCAACGUGUUCAUCGCCAUGGACGUGAUGUGCUGCACCGCGUCAAUCAUGACGCUGUGCGUGAUCAGCAUCGACAGGUACCUGGGCAUCACCAACCCUCUGACCUACCCCGUCAGACAGAGCGGCUGCUGCAUGGCCAAAAUGAUCCUCUCGGUGUGGCUCCUCUCUGCCUCCAUCACUCUCCCCCCUCUGUUCGGCUGGGCGCAGAACGUCAACGACGGCAGGGUGUGUCUAAUCAGCCAGGAUUUUGGCUACACGGUUUACUCCACGGCUGUGGCCUUCUACAUCCCCAUGUCCGUCAUGCUGAUCAUGUACUACCGGAUCUACCGAGCUGCCAAGCUGAGCGCGGCCAAGCACACCAUCACCGGGUUCCCCAGAGACGGAGGGGAGGAGGCCGGGGUGGCACCGCCCGGAGGAGGAGAGGACGCGAGACAAGAGGAGGACCAGGGAGGCAGUAUGGUGAGUGGAGACAGGCCAGGGACGGAGGAGGAGGAGGAGGAGGAGGAGAAACGGGCGGAUGAAGAGGAGGAGGAGAGCACGGACUGCAUGUCGGCGGCACUGAAGCUCCACAGGGAGGUGGAGGAGGAGUGUAGCACGCGCGUCUCCCGCCUCCUCAAGACUGGCGAGCACCACCAUCGUCGCCGGAGGAAGAACCAGUCAAUCUUCAAGCGGGAGCAGAAGGCCGCCGCCACCCUGGGCAUCGUGGUGGGAGCUUUCGCCUUCUGCUGGAUGCCCUUCUUCCUGGUGUCCACCGCCCGCCCCUUCAUCUGUGGCGUGGAAUGCAGCUGCGUCCCCCUUUGGUUGGAGCGCACUCUGCUGUGGCUGGGCUACGCCAACUCCCUCAUCAACCCCUUCAUCUACGCCUCCUUCAACCGCGACCUGAGGACCACCUACAGCAACCUGCUGCGAUGCCGGUACCGGAACAUCAACCGGAAGCUGUCGGCAGCGGGAAUGCACGAAGCGCUCAAACUGGGGGAGAAGCCAGACUUGGUUAUAUAAAGGCUUCAGUGUGCUGCUCGGGACAGUAACGAUGCCGCCUUGAAGAGGGAACAGCACAAAGGUGGCAGUCUGUUUUUUUUUCCUUCAUAAUAUCUGUCAGUGCAGAACCAAGGACUGACAGCAAACACUAUGAUACAGUUUAUACUGAUGACUGACAUGCAGCCACAUAGAAGAUGGCCUUCCUCGUCCUCUGGGUCUGCGUUGUUCAGGCUACCAGCUUUUUCACAUACUUUUAAUGAGGGCGGGAAAGUAACUGCAGUACUUGGUACGUUCAAAGCUACUGAAGUUCUAAACGAAGAGUCGGUUCUGUCAUCCUGGAUUACAAACUUGGGAACAAAAGAUGUUGCUAAACCUGCUACAGAGAUUUGUGAAUCCCGCUGUGCACACCAUGACAGUGAUGGAGUGGGGGGACUGUUACCACCAGAGAUGGAAAUUUGCUGACUGGUCAUUGUGGGGUAUUUUUACUUUGAGCUACUUAACAGUUGUCCCCAUUACCUAUGAAGAAGUGAGGGUUUCUGGUGGAGCUUUGGGAAUUGCCCUGCUAGGCUGAUGCCGUUGAUAUUCUUGAUGGCCGAGACUGUCUCACUCCUCCUAACCCUUGGUCUCUGGUGGCGUGGUGCUGUUUGAGAGGACAAGUAAGACCCUUGGCGGUUAAGGAGCGCUGAGGGUUGAAGAUCACAGAAGCAAACUGUUUGCCGUAUUGAACUAAUGUGAUGAGCCGCUAAGCUUUUGGGGGGACAAAAUCUUGUCCAGUCAUCAGAACGACUCCCUUAAUCAGUUUGAAUGCAAACUUUUAGUUC